UAUGUGUAUUAAAUGAAUAAUUUGAUAUUUAUUACGAUAUUUGCAAUCUAGAUUUGUACAAAAUGAGUUAAUUUAUUGAUUUGCCAAUAAUUUAAAGUUGGCAACAACUAAAAAUGAAAACAAACUGUCAGUUUAACUGUGAAGUGUUGGUGAAUAUUGGUUUUGGUGAUAUUUUGAUAGAGCAAGAUCUAGAUCUUUGUUAACAUAAAAGGCCAUUUCGCAAGUAUCACGGACAACAAUACCGGCACACACACACCCAAUAGACGAGCCAUGCCAUCCACGAAACCAUUAGUGGCUCAACAAUGUCGUCAUUUUACUACUCUGCCGGCCUAAUUGGAGUAACCGACUUGCUGAUAAAAUAAAAACGAAGAUUGUUGAACUGUACGCACACAUUCACAAUCUAAUCUAUCUCGCUUGCUAGACAAACAAAACCCGUUAUAAAUAGCCAAAUUACGCAAUCCAUCGACGGUCCACGUCCACAGCAUUUCGCUCCAUCACCGGCCAUGGCUACCAAACAAUUGAAAAUGCUGUCCGAGGAGAGUUUGACCAGACAGCCGGAGGAGGUGUUCGAUAUCAUAUGCAAACUGGGCGAGGGUGCGUACGGCAGCGUCUACAAGGCGCUGCACAAGGAGUCCGACCAAGUCGUGGCCAUCAAACAGGUGCCACUCGACACAGACCUGCAGGAGAUCAUCAAGGAGAUCUCGAUAAUGCAGCAGUGCGACAGCCCUUACGUAGUCAAAUACUACGGCAGUUACUUUAAGAACACCGAUCUCUGGAUCAUCAUGGAGUACUGCGGCGCCGGAUCGGUGUCCGAUUGCAUGCGGCUGCGAAAGAAAACGCUGACCGAGUGCGAAAUCGCCACCAUUCUGUCGGACGCGUUGAAAGGUCUGGAGUACCUCCACCUCCGCAGAAAGAUCCACAGAGACAUAAAGGCCGGCAACAUUCUCCUGAACAAUGACGGCCACGCCAAACUGGCCGAUUUCGGCGUCGCCGGUCAACUGACUGAGACCAUGGCCAAAAGGAACACGGUGAUCGGAUCGCCGUUCUGGAUGGCGCCGGAGAUCAUUCUCGAAAUUGGGUACGAUUGUGUGGCCGAUAUUUGGAGUCUCGGUAUUACGGCGCUGGAAAUGGCCGAGGGCAAGCCCCCGUACGCAGAUAUCCAUCCGAUGCGUGCCGUUUUCAUGAUUCCCACCAAGCCGCCCCCUUCGUUCCGCGAGCCGGACCGUUGGAGUGCCGAGUUUAUCGAUUUCGUGAGCGUGUGUCUCGUUAAAAAUCCGUCGGACCGGGCGUCCGCCUCCAGCUUGAUUCAGCACGUGUUCCUGCAAAACGCCAAGGGGCCCGGCAUUCUUAACACGUUGAUCUCGGAGGCCUGCGACAUACGCAACAAGCAAACGUACAAUCGCGGACAGAUUAAUAUACCCUCGAAUGAAAUCGCCUCUUCGUCCGGGGAACCGAAUGGCGACGACACGCUAGUUCCGGGUAAGACCAUCAGUCAGUCUGGUACUAUGGUGGAAUUACAGUCUGAGCUUGGCACCAUGGUGAUUAAUGAAGACGAAGACGACUAUAAGACUUUGAGCAAAGACGAUUUUGCUAACGCCGGUGAGAAUAAAAAGUACAAGCCCUUGUUCUUGGAACAGUUCGAUCGAACGGACAACGAAAAUAUCAACAAUGAUCUCGCCAAGCAUCACAUAUUCCCAGGAGAGGCUUCUGAGUCGAUGCAAAUGUUGUAUCCGAUGGAAAGUAAUGAGGCACAAGGUGGGACAGUGUCCGAAUCUCUGGAUGCCAAACUGGAGAAAAUCCGACCUGUGGAUUGCAAUUUUAGUUUUUUAAAGGACCUAUCCUAUGAUGAGUUAAAGGAGCGAUUUGAUCUCUUGGAUGCAGCCAUGGAAAAAGAAAUUGAAGAACUCCAAACUCAUUACAUAUACAAAAGACAGCCAAUCGAAAGGGCCAUUCAUAAUAAGAGAGAUCGUAACAGAAAUUUUUAAGUUCCUAUGUUCUAAAGAACAAAAAUACGACUGAGACACAUCUGAUAAAAGCUUUAAUGUUUAUAAUAACAUUUGUGAUUAUCUUGCCUCGAAUAGACUAUUCUUAAUAAUGUUUUUCAUUUUUUUGUAACCAAGCACUUAUACUUUAAGAUUUUAUACACUAACACGACACAUUAAACUUUCAUUAAAUUAUA